CCCGAAGCUUGAGUUGACGAACUUGACAUGUGGAAAAACGUCCGAAACGUUCAAACAGCGUUCGCGCGCUUUUUGGAGAAUUGUUUUCUUUUCGUAUCGGCAUGUAGACGGGGAAUUUGUGCGCGUGUGAAAAAACAGUGAAAAUCGACGCAAAAUGGUUUCAAUCGAAACAAUUCGUGAGCAAUUUGACGAACUGGGCAUCGAACCAUCGGAUGAAGUUGUAAAUAAAUGUAUUGAAAUAUGUAUCAACAACGAUAUUACCGAUCCGGUCGAGUUUGUAGAACAAUGGAUGGCGUACAGCGUGUCCAAACUGAGCGGUGCCGAACCAACGGUUGCCUACCUCAACGAGAUGGAAGCGCACGAGUACACAAACAAAGCGCGGAAGGCUACCAAGCUAUCUGGGAUUGUGGCAGCUGCCGGGAACGUUGGAGCGUCUCCACGUAUGGACUCAAAAGUCGGCAAAAUAACGACGUACCGCAAUGUGGAUUCUGUCGUUGAGCAGGAUGUGCUGGAAAUGUAUGGCUGCAUUACACCAAAGAGCAAAAAGUCUGCCUCAAGCAAGCAACACAAUGUGAACACACCAGACGGUGUUCGUGGCGCUGGUAGUCCAUUCACAACCGUUACUUACUCCCCAAUAUCUGGUGCUGCUGCGUCCAGGAAGAAUGAUCCAAAUGUACCGAGCAAAGCUGGCCAGGUCGUGUACACGUAUGGCAGUGCGAAGCUGUUGAAACAAUCCAAUUGGUUACCAAACACCACGAUCAAGAGUGCCGUUGAAAGCAGCAACAUAAACGACGAUGACGACGAUUCCAUCGCGACGACCGACGAUCAUGAACGAAACAAACGGCGCAUUGGUGGACCACCAUCAUCGGGGCGUCGCGGGACUACAGGAGUAAGCAUCGCAAUGAAAGCGACACAGUUUGCUAACGAUGGGUGCAAGUACAUGUUUGACACGAGCUACGAUCGUGUGAUGAUCCUCGGCGACCGCAUCUACGAAUGUGGCAACGCGAUCUGUAGUCGGUUGGCGCUGGAAGCGAAGCAAUCAAGGCAGAAACAGCAGCAUGAAAAAGCUGAUCCUGUCAAUCAGCCCGAUACGACAGCUUUGGUUGUGCCGCUCACCGUGAAGGAAGAACCAAAGGAGAUGGACGAUGACGACGAGACUGCAAACGACGUGAUGGACGAAGAGAAAUACUGCAACUGGUUCGAUGGCAUCAAGGUGCACCAUGUAGACUAUCCCAGCUCGGAACCGAUCCGAGUGCUGGGAAGGAUCGUUGCCGAAUCGUCCCUCAUUAGUACUAGCCAUAGUACGAACGGAACGGCUUCUUCUUCGGACAAGGUAGCAACAUCGUCCAGCCGAAAGCACCACGCUAGCAAAUUAGCUAUCGUAGAUUUCGAUGAGCAUACGCUGCGUUACACGCGGCUCGACUUGAGCAAGGUGCAGGUCCCGGCGGGAUGGUCGCUCUUCCCCGGGCAAACCGUGCUGCUCGAGGGCGUCAAUCCACGUGGCAUAUUGUUUUCAGUGAGUCAUAUACACAGUGAACGAACGCUUGCCCUUCCACGCGCACCUACUAACCUGGACAAAACCCUAACGCUAGUGAUAGCGAGUGCUCCAUUUACGGAUAGCGACGAUUUACUCUACGAGAAGCUUUCCAGCCUGCUGCUUUACUGCGCUAACAAUCCCCCCGAUGUGCUGAUCCUGGCCGGUCCAUUUGCCGACGCCAACUGCAAGCUGUACGCAGAGGUGGCCGAAACGUUUGACGAAUACUUCGAGAAGAUCAUCGGCACGAUCAUGAACUCGAUCGAUGGCCAGACGCAGGUGUUUAUCGUCGCAAACCACAACGAUUUGGUGAGUGGCUUCGUGUACCCUACACCACCGUACAAAGUGGCCAGCUUUUACAAGAACCUGCACUUCCUGCCCGAUCCGUGCGUGUUCAGUGUGGAGGGUGUGGAAUUCGGAGUCACAACGGUGGACAUCAUAAAGCAGCUGAACGAUAGUGAAUGUACGGCUGCACACGCGACCAUGGGCGGAGGACCGGCAGCAGCCGCACCUGUUGCGGGAGGUGAUAAAAUCAAGCGGGCCUACAGUCACCUCUUUCAUCAGGCGUCAUUCUAUCCGUUGAAUCCACCCCCAGAAGAUGUACCGCUGGACGUCGAUAUGUUGAACGAGUUUGGCCGGUUGAACCGGGUACCGAAUGUAAUGAUUUGUCCAAGCGCGCUGAACCGAUACGUACGGGAAAUAAAUGGUUGUGUUUGCAUUAAUCCUGGCUUUGUCGAUGGCCAUUCCGGAGACGGCUCAUAUGCGCGAUUGAUCAUUCAACCCCCGGAAAUGGAGGAUCAGCAGCUACAGAAAGAAAGUCAACCAACGGCUACUACCCCAUUGCAUCCUGCACCAGCGAGUUACAUUGCCUGCCAAAUUGUGAAAACGUGAUGUUGUUUGAACUAAUAAAUAGACGAAAGGUGGACGGCAAGCAAA